AUGGCGUCAAGAUUUGUGUCAUGGCUGAAAAAUAAUACAGAGAGGUCUGUUAAAUCGGGCAUAGACUUUAUACGAGGCUCGAGAUAUCCAAAAACAAGUGAGGUAUCUCCACAACCACCGGUGCGACCAAACCUAUCUCCACAACCGCAACCACCGCCACCUGUGCAACUACAACCACAACAUCAGCCAUCUCUACAGCCACAUCCGCCACCACCAGAGCAACAGUCGUCGCCGUCUCCACAACCACAACCGCCACCGCCAGAGCAACAGCCACUGCCGGCUCCACAACCACAGCCACCGCCACCACCAGAGCAACCGCCGGCGCCGUAUCCACAACCACAUCCGCCACCACCAGAACAACCGCCGCCUCCGUCUCCACAACCACAGCCACCGCUACCACCAGAGCAACAGCCGCCAUCACCAGAACUGCAACCGGAAACGGAAACACAAGUGACGCCAUCACCAUCACCAUCACCAUCACCGGAACCACAACUGCAACCACAAAGACGAACACAGCCAUCGCCAUCACCACCACCACCGCAGGGGGACCACAAAUGGCCUCGUGGAAAAGAGGCAUUACCUAAAGGACUUGUCGCCAAUAUUUCCGACCUACAAAUGCAACCCCUAUGGGGACGACGUAAAAAAGUAAAUUCUUCAACAAGCUUAUUUACUGCUGCCGUUGGUAUCAAACAAAAGGAAACAGUAGAUAAAAUGGUUACCAAGUUUUUAUCAAGUAAUUUCAGUGUCAUGCUUUUCCAUUAUGAUGGUGUUGUUGAUGCAUGGAACGAUUUAGAUUGGUCCGAUAAUGUCAUACAUGUAUCCGCAAUUAAUCAAACAAAAUGGUGGUUUGCAAAGCGGUUUUUACAUCCAGAUAUCGUGACCAAAUACAGUUAUAUUUUUCUAUGGGAUGAAGAUCUUGGAAUUGACAAUUUUGACCCUGGCCGUUAUGUGUCAAUUGUGAAAGAUGAAGGGCUUGAAAUCUCACAACCAGCACUUGAUACAAAAAAGUCAGUGGUGCAUCAUGCGAUUACUUCACGAUGGAAAAACUCAACACUUCACAGGAGGGUUAAAACUGGUGGCAACAAAAAUGGAUGUGAUUGGACUAGUCAAUACCCUCCUUGCACAGGGUGGAUAGAGUUAAUGGCUCCAGUUUUCUCUAGAGCUGCAUGGAGAUGUAUGUGGUAUAUGAUCCAGAAUGAUUUGAACCAUGCAUGGGGACUAGAUCUUAUGUUUGGUUAUUGUGCACAAGGAGAUAGAACCAAAAAUGUCGGGGUUGUGGAUGCUGAAUACAUAGUUCACUUUGGUUUCCCAACUAUCGGGGAAAGUCAAAGCAAGUUGCUGGAAAACCCUUGUAAUUCUUCUGCUACGAAUGCUAGAAUGGAAGUGAGAAAGCAUUCACAUAAUGAAUACAAGAUAUUCAAAAGUAGAUGGCAAGCCGCUGUUAAAGAGGAUAAAGAAUGGGUUGAUCCUUAUCCCGAAUCUUGGAAUUAUAGCAUAUAA